AGCGACACCAAGUUGCGCGAUGACCCGCUACCGAGGGGCCCUCGACCUAUCCAACGAGCUGCUCCAUGAUAUCCUUGAUCUCAUAGCCGCCGACCCCGAGAAGCUAGUGAGUGUCGACAAGCGAGCAUAUCUGUCUCAAGAAAGCUUCAGGCCGGACCCUCUGCCAUCCCAAGACCAAGUUGUAAACAUUGGCAAGUUCAGAUUGCUCUGUCGAAGAUUCGCUGCUCUGGGUGCUUCUCACCAAUUCGCACGUGUCACGACCAGGUUCUCGUCAAAGGGGCUUGCGAGAUUGGAAGCUAUCGCCGAUCAGCCGCACCUAGCAAAACAUGUCAAGAAGUUCAGCUACAAGGUGCCGUAUUUUUGCACUCAAGGUACCAAGAAGAACGGUCGAGAAAGUAUACAAUCAUUGGAUGCUCAAAUCCAGCAGACGAUCGGGAAAGCCAAUAUUGAGAGGUUUCGCUGCAAGAUCUACGAGCAGCAGAAAAUAGUAAACUCAAAACGAGAUGUCGAAGUCUUGAGGAAAGCCAUGAAGGCAUUCGUCGUUCUACAGCACGUCCAGAUCUUGCGGGUUCAAGAUCAAGAAGACGAAAGACUACUCACCUAUAUCCGAUAUCACCAGAAUAUCGCUCACUUUGUUGAGCUUAAGUGGGCGCCUGCCUGUGCACACAGUGCUAAAACAAUAGGGACUGCACUGCUGGAAUCUCGAUCACCAUGUUCACGUUUCUCCUCGCCAAUGCUGAGUCCGCAGAGCGCACUCGUGCUGGCAGAAAAUCCUACAGGCUCCUUCUCAACACUGGCAGAAAGACUGACUUGCCUGGAAUUACACUUUGACGAUGGCUACUUCGAUGACGGUACAGAUCUCGAAGUCCGCAUGUUCGAACUUUCUCAUCUCUUCAAGACUGUCUUCUCAGCAGCUGUAAAUAUGGAAGCUAUACAUGUGGGCUUUCCUUCUCAUCGACCCAUUGGUCUGCCUCUCGAGACAAUCUUCCACAACGUACGCUGGAGCAAACUGAUAGCCUUCGGAAUACAAGGCUGGCGUCUUCACUCCGAUGAAAUCAUCGCCUUCGCGCAACGCCACAAAGACAGAUUACGAGGCCUACGGCUCAGAGACGUAAUGCUCAGAGAAGGCAGCAUGUGGAAAACCAUCCUCGCCUUCUUGCACACCGAGAUGAGAAGACUAGAUUGGGUUUCUCUCAGACGUAUCGACUACGCAACCCACUUCGACACAGUCUGGGAAAAUGCAGGUAUCGAACUACCCGACGAUCCUCCCGGCGGCUUGAGUUCCUCAGACUCCGAGUCCGACUCGGACAAUGAUCUCUACUGGGACGAAGCAGACCAAGACGACGCAAACCACUCAACGGCAUCAGACUGGGACAGCAACAACUCCGACUCCGAACACAAUAACUCUGAUUCCGAUGACGAAGAGCGCGGCAGAGCAGCCCACGAAAUGGAUUUCCCGCCUUUGAACUCGCCAGAUACGCCAAACUCUGUGCCGUGGUGCAACUGCAAUGGCAGAGCCUUUCCACUUUCUGUUGACGACUUGGGCGAUGAUGGUAUCAGUGUCGAUACCAGAAAAUGGAAGAUGUGGGAGAAGUGGGUGUUGGGCAGGUGUCCUGAGCAUGAUCUUAGG